AUGUUUGCAAAUAGGGUCUCCAUAUUACAGCCAGCGGAAGCGACUCAUGAGGCAUUGGCUCAAACCUUCGGCAGCAACUGUGCUUUUCCUUUUGGUGGUGACUUUGUUGGAGAUGGAGCUCGGAGUGACAGGUUUGGUGAGACUGGAUCCAGGACGGACGAAGUGAAGUCACACUCGUUCUCGGGCGUGAACACCGACAUGAACACCAAUUCCAUGUUCGCCAAAGGCAACGUAGAAGGCGCCAAUGUCUUUGGUCAAAAGUCCAGCGUGUUUGCAGGAGCUCCUCCACUGAAUUCGGACACCAACGGCUUACCAGAAGAGUUUGGAAGAAGCAGUUUAUCUGACAACAGGAGUUCGCCCUUUGGUAGCAGUGAAAGGAUAUCCACCAGCGUGAGUCCGUUUUCCAACCAAAGAUCAGCCAGAACAGUCUUUUCCUCUGUAUCUCCAACAAAGCAAUUUCUUCUGGAGAAACCGCUCGAACAACCCAAAAAGUUUUCUUCUUCUCACAAGCAGAUCAUCGCGAUUGGUAUCCUCAUCUGUGUGUUCUUCCUUGUGGUUCCACUGGGAACAGUCAUAACGGUUCCGUCAUGUCAAUCCUCAUCUUCUUACUGUAUUCCUCAACUCUCCAUGAGGUGGAUGGACAGUGAUUCAAACACGCAUGCGGCAUUUUCUUCAGCGAGAGAUGCCGCCAGUCUUUUGGGAUAUCUUGCAGAAGAUUUGAGCUCAGACAAUGAUGACGAUACAAGCACGCUUCAAGAAUUGAUCAAUGCAAACAAGGAUGGUGAUCCUGAAGGUCCACCUUCCUAUUUGGGAACAAUCGAUACGUUCUCGUUGGACAAUGUCUUUGAAAUAGGCUACUGGGGUUACUGCAGGAAGAACUUGAAAACAGGAAAGUCGUUUUGCAACAAGUGCAUGGGACUUGACAUUCCUUCUGUGCUUGUACGUGAUGCUGGAAUACAACUUGGUGAUGUUUCAAAUCAUUUCAACCCCUCGGUGCUCGGCAAAUCGUUUGUGACGGCGUACUACGCAACUCUUAGAAGCUUGAAAGAGCUUCCAGGUGUUGCUGGAGAAGUCAUCAGAAAUGCUUUGUUAAUCAGAAAUACAGCCAUAGCCAUCGCCAUUCUCAUAUCAGCUGAGUUUGUUCUUUCAUCUCUGAAUAUGCUGAUAUUUUUGUUCUUGGUCGCCAUGGUUUCGUUUGACAGGUCCUUUUACUUCAUCAAGGCAAGACUUUUUGCUACUCUCAGUGUGACCGCGGGUAUACAGUUCGUGGUGAUGCUUUUAGGUUUUUCAAUUGCUGCUGGUCAAACAGAAUACACAUACACUUUGUCGCAGGCAGUGGACACGUCUGGUUUUGCGUCUGUAUCCUAUGGUUAUGGUAACUACAUAGCAUGGGCCAAGUUCUUCAGCAGCUGUGUGGUAUUUGUGUCUAUGCUCGCAAUUCUUGUAAAGAAGCCCUGGAAUCCAAAAUAUAGGGAUAUUGCGUACAAGAAUUGA